AUGGGGCGUUUAAAGACCUUUCCCCACAACACGCCCCAGCACACGCCGCAGAAGCCUGGGGCUAAGACAAUCACCAAGGACACACCCCGUAAACCAAAGCGUAUUGCAGCAGCCGAAGCAAAGACGACCAAGAUCCGCUAUGAUAUCGCAGGGGCUAUGAACAAAGAAACCUUCGUUUGCGACGUCGAGAUUUUCAUAGAUCACUACCUCCCCAAGGUUGAAGACAAGGUACUAUCGCAUGUACUUUCGGAUAUGAUCAAGAAGGAGGUCCUCGUAGCUCGAGAGGAAACGACGGCAUCAUCUGGAAAUCCGAGAGCCAAAUCCAAAGCCAAAUCCAAAGCGAAGUCGAAAGCCAAAUCCAAAGCAAAGUCUAAGGCGAAAUCGGCACCUGGAACGCCAUACGAUUAUACUUUGAAGGACUUUAAACCUCCCUGCGCGGGCGGAAAGAGUAAAGACCACGAGAAAGAUGUCUUCGCACCGCUGACCUCGAUCUGUGAGGCCAUUUGUGAGGCUCUCCGCAACGUGGAUGGUGUCGCGUUAAAUGGAUACUCCGUCCGCAUGUGUGGCGCAAACAAGAUGGACUCGGAAACCAUUGGUUGCGACCAGAAGAUCGAUGCCUGUAUGACGAAGAACAUGAACGAGAAACUGCGCAUCACCGACGUAAUGGUCGCUUUCGAAUUCAAGACAACCCGCACGGGUAUUAUGGUUAUGACGAAUCGGGCGCAGAUGGUUUCGCAUUCCAACCACGCCAUGAACGAGGACGCACGCCGCAAAUUUACGCUCGGAAUCACUAUCGAGGAUGGAGGGUUCUCUCUUUGGUACUUCUCUCGCUCUCACUCGGCAAAGUCGCGGGCGUUUAAUAUGGUCGAGCAGCCAGAUUUGUUCGUUAAAAUCAUGAUUGCCCUAUUCUGUGCUACCGACGAGCAGUUGGGUAUCGAUCCCCUUGUGGAGGUACUGGGCGACGGUAGCUUCGUCUACAAGUUCCCUGCGGAUGGAGACAACGACAAAGACACGUUUUAUCGAACCCAAAGCAACAUUUUCCAAAGCCGCCCUCUCACGCUUACUGGCCGUUGCACUCGUGUUUGGAAGGUUCAGCAAGUUGAUCCCGACAAAGGUUAUGCCCAGGUCGAAGGAACAAAGGACAUGAUUUUGAAAGAUGUCUCUUUGGACGCCGACGCACGUACUGAGGGAGAAAUACAGAAGGAUAUGUUUGCCGACAUCAAGGAACUUGGUACCGAUUCGAGCAAGCCCUGGCAAACGCGCCCAAUUGCAAAAGACUUCGACGACGAAGAGAGGGCAUCUCUUGCAGAGCUAUUAGGGGACGGUGAAAGGUUCAAGGAGCUUUUCGCCUGUAUUGUGAGAUCCUCUGCCAGCGAACCUACCCUCCCUGUGGCUCCCACAGUCUGGGCCGAUCCAACUCUUUUCCCUGCCUCGGACAAAGAUGAGCAUUUGGUCGACUACUACAAGACAAAUCGACCGGGUCCCAGGUAUCGAAUACCUUCGAAACCCAAUGCUCCAGCCGGCCGAUCAGCGGGUCCUUGUCGAGACAACUUUCCUCCAAAGAAGCAGUUUCGUCAUGUUUGUCCGGACGUCUACACUCCACUCUCCGAGAUUCCUAUUCUCGGUCAAGCGAUUGACAUUCUGAAGCAAUGCGUUUUGGCUCUUCAAGUGAUGUUUUGCGCGGGAUGGGUACAUCGCGAUGUCAGCCCCGGCAAUAUUCUGGCCUUUUGGGAUGAGUCGAAGCAGAAGUGGCAGGUCAAGCUAUCCGACCUUGAGUACGCGAAGAAGUUCCCGAAUGACAAGCCUGACUCUUCAAGUGCUAUAGCUAAGACGGGAACUAUAUUUUUCAUGGCGGUGGAGAUGCAGGGCCAAUACAAUAUUCUUCCUCCCGAAGCUCAGUCAAGCUCCACUAAUGUCGACGAGCAUUUGGCAAGCGCUUCCGCACUACGGAAACCGGUCAUACACAAUUAUCAACACGAUCUCGAAUCGAUCUGGUGGAUUUUGCUAUGGCUGGCUAUCGCGAGAGUAAAGUGGUUCAUCGCGCCCUGCUUUGUUGAAAACCCGUUUGAUACCAAAGGGGAAAUUCCAGACGCCGGGUCACGAGAGCACAUCCUGCUAACGAACAUUGCUGCCAGUGAUGAAUUGUCCCCUCUCUUUCCUCCACAACUCUCGCGCUCGUUCCUGGUUGCCCUCAACAUACUUCGACGAGAGCUGUACACUGCCUAUCGGGACCGGAACAUGCAAGGCAAACAGGACCUUGCAGAGUCCUACUCAUUCAUCAUCAGCAAGCCUUUCCAGGUCUUUUUCAGCAUUCUUGAAGAGUCUCAGGAUCCAUGGAGGUCAGUGGAACUGAAGAUCGGUUGGGAGAUACAAGAAGAAGGGAACACAGAGAAUGGAUCUAAGAAGAGAAAGGCGGAGGAUAUUGAUAAUGAAGUGGACGACACAAACCAACCAAAGGCCAAGGUUCAGAGCAAGACCAAGGGAAAAGCAAAGUCCAAAUCGAAUACUAGAAGGUCGAAUGCAGUGCCGAGGACCACCGGGGUGAGGACUAGAUCCAUGACGAAGGCCAUCGAGGGCCAGCCGGAAGAAUCAAGGUCAUUCAAGAGGGCCCGCUAUUAG